AUGAUUGUCGACUACCUCUAUGGCUACAAUACCGCUGGUCGCGCUGGGCCCUCUGGCACUAGCGUAGUAUUCUCUCUCGACCUGAACCAAGUCUCAACCAUAGAUCUCACCAACUCAGCUACGCGACAGCUUACCUUGAAUGACCUCGGUACAGAUUGCCCACAAUCCGAACCUCCCUCGGUGAUCGCGACAGCAGCGCCUAACAGCCGGUGUGAUCCUAUCCUGGUAGCUCCAGAGCCUGUGAAAUCAUGGGCUUCGCCCUGCAACGCAUGCGGUAACUUCGGCCUGUUCGAUCCACCGUAUGCCGUAGCUCCUCUCACAGGGGGCUUGGUGCCGGUGACAACGACUGCUGCAACUCCGUUAGAAACCCAAGCUACCCCGAGCACGACUUUGGUUUCUGUCACUGAAACGACAGCUACACCAGUGGAAUCUUCCACGGUUGCGGUUACUACGGAUUCCACUUCCUCUAGUGAGACUUCCUCUAGUGAGGAGUCUAUUUCGUCUGUUGUAGAGACAUCAUCCCAGACUGAUACUACUUCUUCCGCUGCGAUCCCAACUCAGACGUCAUCCAGCAAUAGCCAGGCUGUCACUUCUUCAUCAUCCAGCCUAGUCUCCAGUCCAGCUACUACUUCUCCGGCGUUCAAUUCUGCAACGAGGGAAAAUUCGGUUGGUGGACUUUUGAGUUUGGGUUUCUUUGUGUUGGGAUUCUUUCUGUAA